UCACCGCUGCAGCUGCGAGUUGGGGGCAGUGCGGGUCAUGUCGUGGCGGGCAUGACGAGAUGUAGCUUGUGACAGCGGUCGUGGGUAUCUUGAGUAAUAAUGAAAGCCUUCAGUAAGUGCUGGAAUGGAUGAGAAACGUUUACAGUCCGCGCUGGAGGGAACAGUGUGCUGUUGUGCCUUGCUGGCUCCGCGAUGGUGUCACCUCUGUGCGCUUUUCCCUCUGCUAUCCGGUCAGGGGACACCGUCAGGAAAGUGACACACCGGCGUCGGAAUUUGCAGUAUUAGCGAUCGCGAAAUAGUUGGGCGAGGGAAUCGGGAUUCUGUCAUGGAGAAGCAGACCAGAGUCAGGGACGAAACGCCGAUAUCGAAGGAAGAGAAGCGCAAAGAGAAGAAACAGAAGCCCGGGAAGCUUUUUCGAAAGAAAUCGCUCAAGUCGGUGGGGAGUUUUAUGAACAAAAUCAUCAAAACUUUGGGUACUUUCACCCACUUUGGAGACGCUGACGUGCGGGACGCAGAGGACGACGACGGGGGGUUUCGGGAUGGCGCACCUUGCACACUCAGCGCCAACUCAGGAAUUAUCAAAGAGGAUAUACAGGUCGCAGGGGAUCAGAUUGUCAAAAAGGCUUCGACCACGUCGUCUUCUCGCUGCUCCGUGAGAGAAAAGCUGUUAUGCUACUACGGAGACAAAAUCCCAGGUGUGCUGGGGUUGAAAAACCACGGAAACACCUGUUUCAUGAACGCAGUGGUCCAGUGCUUGAGCAACACGGACCUGCUCGCAGAGUAUCUGGGGUUGGAGCGGUACAAGUUGGACUUGAAUCAAACGAGAAUAAACGGGAUGGUGAAAAGUGACGAAACUCAGCUUGCCAAGGGAGAAGUCACUGAGCAGUUGGCAUCACUUGUCAGGGCACUGUGGACACUGGAAUACACCCCACAGCUGUCAGUAGAGUUCAAGUCUAUAGUGUCCAAGUAUGGGUCCCAGUUUCGUGGUAAUUCCCAACAUGACGCCCUGGAGUUCCUGCUGUGGCUGCUGGACCGCGUUCACGAAGACAUCAAUCUGUCUUCCUAUAGCAACAACAACAACAAGACCAAAGCCGCUGGAAAGGGUCCCGGUGGAGCGGAGGAAAUAGCGUCUCCUGACCCAUCCCAGUCACAGUCCCAGCAGCCCAAGGUCGGCCACAGCUUUGUCCAGGAACACUUCCAGGCACAAUACAAAUCGUCAUUGACUUGCCCCCACUGUCUGAAACAGAGCAACACCUUUGACCCCUUCCUCUGCAUCUCACUCCCCAUCCCUCUUCGCCAGACCAGGCCGCUGUGUGUGACUCUGGUGUUCAGCACCAAAGGACAGAGGUACCUGCGAAUUGGGCUUGCUGUGCCUCUGUUUGGCUCCCUGGCCUGUCUGAGGAGGAUGGUGGCUGAUGAAGGGAAGAUUUCACCCGACCAGGUCAUCCUGACCGAGAUUUACUCCACAGGGUUUCAGCGUUCCUUCUUUGAUGAGGAGGAUCUGACCAGUGUAGCUGAGAAUGACAUCAUCUAUGCCUUCCAGGCUCCGCCCCUUUACAUCAGAGGAGGCUCCGCAAGAAUCUCAGGGUACCACCACAGCCUGCCAUCCUCUCCAUAUUCGUCUGGUCCAGAGGGCCAGAGGUUACCCUCUUCUGGAACGUUGUCGUCGGAGUUCCUCAACCAGGGAGUUCCUCUAAAGAUCCUGCUGCUGGUGUGCAACGCUGCAGGAGCAGGCCAACAAGCUGUCAGGUUUGGACCUCCAUUCCUGAUGAGGGAGGACCGGUCUAUUUCCUGGGACCAGCUGCAGCAGAGUAUCCUCAGCAAGCUUUACUAUCUGAUGAUCAAUGGAGCUCCAGCACAGAAUACCAGAGUUCUGUUCAAUAUUCGUGUGGUGGGAGGAUCAGCAGCCUACAGCUACCUUUCACCUCAGGAUGGACGGCCGUUGUACCACCCUGCCGUGGACAGAGCUCUGAAGCUGUGCGGCUCAGGCGGACCUCCGCACGUGAAGCUCAUCAUCGAGUGGGAGCACCGAAUCAAAGACUGCCUGUUUGGUAAUAUCCAGGAGGAGGUGGUGAAGGAUGCAGAGAGUGUGAGGAACCAGCAGCAGCAGCACGUCCAGCAGUACAGCUGCACCCUGGAUGAGUGCUUCCAGCUCUACACCAAAGAGGAACAGCUCGCCCCAGAUGACGCCUGGAAGUGCCCACACUGUAAGCAGUUGCAGCAGGGCAUGGUGAAGAUGAGCCUGUGGACGCUUCCUGACAUCCUCAUCCUCCACCUGAAGCGCUUCAGGCAGGUGGGCGAGCGGAGGAACAAGCUGACCACGUUGGUGCAUUUCCCCCUAAUGGGCCUGGACAUGGCGCCCCAUGUGGUGAAGCGGAGUCACAGCAGCCGUCAGCCCCCUCUGCAACCCCACCUCCAGUCUAGCUGGAAACCGCCCCGUCCGCCUGACAUGGCGCCCCCUGACUUCCUGUAUGAUCUGUACGCUGUGUGUAACCACCAUGGAGGCAUGCAUGGCGGACAUUACACAGCAUUCUGUAGGAACUCAGUGGACGGCCAGUGGUACAGCUAUGAUGACAGCAGCGCUGAGCCGGUACCAGAGGCAGAGGUGUGCACACGUGGAGCUUACAUCCUCUUCUACCAGAGACGAAACAACAUCCCAUCCUGGUCUGCCAGUUCCUCUGUCACAGGUUCCACCAGCUCAUCCACCUCUGACCACUGGUUGGUCCGCUUGACGGGGGGCAGUAAGAGGGGCAGUCUGGGAUCUGGAGGAUCCAUCUCUGGAGCCCCAGUGCCAACACCUGCCCCAGAGUCUCCUGAGCUGCCCGUGUUUGGAGAUGAACCCUCCAAAACAACAGAAACAAAUGGGUUUGAAGCCAAGCCAUUUGUCCGUGGGACUCAAGGCAGAAGUGUGAGCAUGAGGUCACCCACUAAGCCCAAGGACAGCCUGAGCAAAGUCCUGCCACUGCGCUGGUCCUUUGGCUCCAAGGACCGCACAAAACAUUCAGCCCAGGCCCGGCCUGGAGAGCUGGUGGAGUAUCUGGAAUCAGGGCGCCGGCCGCGCUGUACCAAAGAGCCUAUUAUCACGCUGGUGGCCACCCCGCCACAGAGGAACAACCAGGGAAGGGCCUUUGAAGUUGGACAGAGGGACUUGGGCAGCUCCCCUAGUGGUAGCAGCCUUAGUUGCACAGACAGACCCAGCUCAGAGACUUGUUACUCGCCUAAAAUACCAGAGGGACAGAGCAGACCGGGUGCAGAGAGAGGCAUCUGCCAAGGAGUCGGUAGUGUCAAAGCCAGGGAUGAUGGUUCACUGGGGCAGAGGGCAUCCAAGAGGGCUAGGCAGGACCAGAGCAGGGCCCUGGACUUCCAGCUCCAGAGAGGGGCCAUUCUGGGUGGUCACAUCAGCCACAGUGCACCUCCAAGCAGGGACUCCACACUGAGGAGAACCAAGGUCCACACAGGGAUCGGCUCCAGGGCGCAAAGAGACUUGUUACAGACGAUCAUGCACCCUGAGGAGAGGAGGGGGCAAAAGGGAGAGGAGGGUAGGAGCCAUGACAGCCUCUUGUCCUUUUUCAAACCAGGUUUCAUGAAGAAAGAGGUUCAGAGGACACCAAGCAAGGGGCAGGAUAGGAGAAUGAACGGCCACGGGCAACCAGUGAAGCUUUCUAACAGUAAUUUGUCCAAAUUGUCCCUCUCUAAUGGAACCCUGACUGCUGUGGCGCUAGAGGACAGGAAGGUCAACGGCAUCCCUAGAUGUGACACCCAUAAUUGCAAAGCACAGCUAGUCAAUGGAAAGGCUCUCAAUCACAACCCGGUGGACAUCAAGCGUGCUCACAGCUCCAGCAACAUCCAGACCAAGCUGGAUCUGACUCUGCGCAGGUGUGCCUCCCUACAGAGGAACGGCGACGUCUUGGCUCCUCCAGCCCACCGCAGCCUGCUGUCAGACAAGCCCAGCUACGCCACUCUGCAGCGGACACGAUACAGUACCACCUCCCUGGGUAGGCAGAGACCUGUCCCUGAAUCCUGUUUCUGAGCCCUGCAGUGCACGCUAAACAAGUAUAGUGUCACAGCCAUGGAAUUUUAGGAGCUGCUGAGCCUUUAUCUAUUUGGCUGUACGGAGCUAAAAUGAGCAAGCACAAAUUGGAACAAAUUAGACCACACAUGCUGAAAAUUGUGUGGUUUAGUUUUUGCACCUGGUGUGUAGCCAGUAUAGCGCAUCAAGGCAUGAGAAUAUAAACCCUCUUCACUGAGAAGAGACAUAAUCGCAGUGUAACCAGAGAAUUUGACAGGGAAGACUUUCCCUCCUGCUGAGUUAAGUAAUGCAGUGAUAGACAAGACACUGCUGAGAGUAGCUAAACUGUCAGAAAAGUUUUGAAAGUCUCCAAAAUUUUGUCGAAGAGCUAAAUAGCAGCCGCAGGAAUUCUCACCACUAGAGUCUAACUCGAAGCUUGAUUUUAUCACUGCUAAGUUCCUAAGUAGUAAACACAGUGAUUUUCAUCAGUAAAUGGUUGCCUUGUUGCUGAUGGCUUUGUGUGUUCUGUUUCAUUGUAAGUGCCUCUGUGACAGCCCAGAAUGAUUGUUGAACAAUAGGACCUCUCUGCUGAUUACGACGCAUCGCACCCCAAGAAGCACCCAGCAGCCGUCUAAGCUCCGCAAGGACCUGCACCAGAACGGCUUUUUAAAAGAACGUCGCUGGAAGUCUCAGCAGAAAGUUUUAUUGUCCCUCCCAUUCAUACAAGUACUGUUACGUAAGCUCUUACCUGUGUUCUACUACAUGACAUCUAUGCAGAGCUGAAUUGUUGAGGAGAGAUACUGCUGUAAUGUGAUGUUCUUUUUUUUUUUUUUUUUUUGGUAUAAAACGGUCUCUUUAUUUUUUUACUUUCUAAAUGAUAUUACAAAAGAGGUCGAUUUUUAAGCACCAACAUCUAGACACCUGUACCUUCACUGCAAAAUGACUGCUAUAACAACAUUUGUCAUUUGCCAUUCUCUUCACGUUAUAUCAUUAACGCACUUUGUUUAUUAGACUCCACAUUUUGCUACAGGCCCAGAGCUCACCUAUAUCAAGUAAUACACACAGCAAAUGUUGCAGCACUUAAAUUGUAUCCAGUAUUAAAGUGAGAGAGGGUUUGUAAACUGUGUCACGGAGGUGCACCUCCAUUCCUCCUCCUUGCAUUCACUCUUAGUAAUAUGACACCAAAAUUGGCGGCUCUAAAUGUAGAAGAAAUUGGAAGCAUUUUUCUCUGACAUGUGAGAGAGCAGGAGAUUCACACUGUCUUCACAGACACAGUUAUCCUGUCUCUCCAGCCACAGGGGUGUGAUGAAUACUGUUGAAAGGGCGCCUUGGCGCUUUUACGUAGAUUUCUUGCAUUUAUGAAACAGCUCUUUUAUGUGAAAGUUCAAACACAGAGUCGUACUCACAGCACAGUACACUGGCCACCACAAAGCAUCAGUGUUUGAUCUUCCCGCUGCAUAUCUAAUGUCAAUCUAGCCUAUCUAGAAGCCUUUCAGUCAUUAAUCACGUAACCAUGUUCCACUGUAUCUGCACCAAUUUUCUUCUGUCGUCUUACUGCUGGAGGAGUAGGACAAAAACUUUCAAGGGAAUGUAAUUGAAAAUGCUUCUGUAUGUUGUGAAGAAACAUACUUUCCCUCACUUACACUCAGUCGAUUGUUUCAAUUUUCAGUUUAUAAUAAACAUUUUGUGUUGGAUGCCGUAUUGUUAUUUUACGCAUUGUAAAUUUGAUCAAAAGGGAGUGCAGAACAGACAUAGUCAACGCCGUGUGUGGGAUAGAGAAGGCAAAUUGGUUGCCUACACUGUAACUGUGGUCCAUUUCCAUGUUGUUGAGUCAUUAUUUAACAUUAUUGUUUAACCUGUUUACUUCACCACAUUGUUUACUUCACCAAAACGAGCACUUGUAGCAGCAUUGACCAUAAAUGAAGGAUAUUUCUAAAGCUAUUAUUGGGAAAAUAUGGCUUGACUAUAUUUUAUAACUUUUUUUUUUUUUUUUAAAAAGUCUACAUUUUGUACCUGUUAUGUAAUUAUGUAAUUUAAAUAACAGAUUAUAACAUCUGAAACUGUUAUGUUCCAGGUCACUGAAUGAGGUCAGGAUGAUGCACAAGUAGGCUUUAAAAUAGGCUUCAAGUGGGCUUGAAAUGUGGACAUAACACAUGCAGGUCCCUGUUGGACCGUCUGUAAUGUCUGCCUAAUGUACUGGACGUUUUAUGAAUUACAAAUUAAACACAGCUUUUUCUCA